CCCCAAAGGUCUGAUAAGAUAGCUACCUGCGUAGAACUAAGACACUUCUGUUUACAGCACAGUAGUACACAUUGCAUACAGAAGUGAGAGGAGACGCCUUCUGAUUCGAUACGGGUACCGUCGGCUUGUUGACUACAUAGUGAUAUGGACAUGGUUGGGACAAGCUGAGCCACUUACUCGUUGUUUCACAUGCAAAUCGGGCUACAGUGUCUACCUGAGCAAUCUCAAAUGCAGACGGGGCGCUCCGAAGCGUUGGUAGAUCAGGUCAGCUUUUCCUUUUAAAUGUGAAUAACAUAAUAUGUUUUUACAAACAAUAGGAAAAAUUCAGACGACUGGACAUGGGCUUACCAGAGGAGGACAAGAAAGAGGGAGAGGGAGAGGAAGAGGGAGAGGCUGUGGAAGAAAGACAGGGAGUGGAGGCUCUACACUGACACCUACCAUGGCGACUGAUAAGUCAGGUUUGUACAAACACUUGAAAGUGUGGACAUUCUUCAAUGUUUCAACCUUUGUGUACAGAGUCUGAGAUUGAAGACCUCAGUGUCAGCAGCAAGACGAGUGGCCCCUCUCUGAAGGAGACACUUUCAGAGCCAGAGGUGACCUCCAAUGCUACUAGUAAAAAGAGGAAGAGGGAGAGCCAAGCCAAGAUCAGUCUCGCGAUCUAGGGGUACUUCUGGUGGAUCAGAUGCGAAGGAAGAAAUUCAGACGACUGGACAUGGGCUUACCAGAGGAGGACAAGAAAGAGGGAGAGGGAGAGGGAGAGGCUGUGGAAGAAAGACAGGGAGUGGCAGAGGCAGAGGCAGAGGCUCUACACUGACACCUGCCAUGGCGACUGAUAAGUCAGAGUCUGAGAUUGAAGACGUCAGUGUCAGCAGCAAAACCAGUGGCCCCUCUCUGAAGGAGACACUUUCAGGUUUCAUCACCACCCCAUUUUCCUCUGUUCUAGUUUUGCAUGUCAAGGACCACCAUUAUGCAUAUGUUUUUACACAACAUACACAAUAUGUAGAGCCAGAGGUGACCUCCAAUGCUACUGUAAAAAGAGGAAGAGGGAGAGCCAAGCCAAGAUCAGUCCCGCGAUCUAGGGGUACUUCUGGUGGAUCAGUUCCCAAGGUCAGCGGCAGGAAAACUUACCCUUUACGCUUCGCCUCACGGAAGGCAUCGAUAUCACAAGGACUGUAAAUUUUGUAAACAUUUUU